AUGAUUACCAGGGGAGUCUCUUCUCCUGCUUCAGCGGCGUCCUUUUCUGUCUUCGUUUCCAGGGGAGUCUCUUCGUCAGCUCGGUUUCGGUGCACCGUCGGGCAAACCGGGUUCUUCACCCGGCUGGGUCGCCUCAUCAAGGAGAAGGCCAAGAGCAAUGUUGAUAAGCUCUUCUCCGGAUUCUCCAAGACGCGUGAGAGUCUCUCCGUUGUGGAUGAGCUCCUCCUCUACUGGAACCUCGCCGACACCGACCGAGUUCUGGAUGAGCUCGAAGAGGCACUUUUAGUGUCUGAUUUCGGCCCGAAAAUUUCGUUCAAGAUCGUGGACAGCCUUCGGGAAGAUAUACUAGCAGGGAAGCUGAAGUCUGGAAGUGAUAUAAAGGUGAAC